AUGAGUGUACAGACUGGAACAGGCCAUGUGACGGGUGAUCCGCUGAGCGGGAAGUGCGCCACGUCUGUGCCGCAAAAAACGGGCGUAGAUCCAUCCCCGGUUGUGGAGAAUCAACCAGACACAUCAGAUCCGGAUCUCACCUGGGAUUCAGAUCAAGAUUAUGAUGAAUGCGUGUAUUACCAUGAAGGGAGCGAUCUAUACGCCGAAGAUGUCGAUGGACAGAUGGCGGUGCUGCCUGAAGUACCCGUGGCGACGGAGGAUGUGGGGAUCGAAGAUAUUCAACUAUGUGGGUCGGACAAUCAAACUCCAGAAGAGAUCGAGCGACUCCGACAGAAAAUAUGGAAGUUCCGACAUCUCUUGAUCGGGAAGGGAAAUGCCCUCCCGCCGGCCGCUAGAGGUGUGGUGUGCGAUAUCGACGUCGGAGGGGCGAAACCCAUCGCUCUCAAAUGUCGGAAGUUGCGGAUCCAGUUCAGGGAAAAGCUAGCCGAUCUGAUCAAGGGUCUAUUGUCUGCUAGGAUGAUCAACUACUCCAGAUCACCAUGGGCUUCCCCCAUCGUGGUGAUCAUUAAAAAGAACGGAAUAUCAGGCUAUGUAUCGACUACCGGCUGGUUGGUUAAUAGCCUGACACAACUGAUGGUAUACCCAAUGCCCUUGAUCAACGAUCUACUCGAAGAUCUGGAGGCGACACUUUGGUACUGUUCUUUGGAUAUGGCAAGUGGAUUCUGGGUAGUGAAAAUGACGGAUCGCGCUCGUUUGAUCUCGGCUUUUGUCACUCCUUUUGGAUUAUUCGAAUGGAAUCGAAUGCCUUUUGGCCUGAAGAAUGCGCCCCAGAUCUAUCAGCGUAUGAUCGAUAACGCAUUAUAUGGGUUCACCCGGAUCCCGAAGUCGGAAGAUUCCGGGAGUACGGCGGAUGUGUUCGAGGACGGGGAACCAGUGGAUCCAGGCAGGCCUCCG